AUGUCUUACUCACCUUCGACUGCAACAAAUUCGUCGAGCAUCCCCGCCGCCAAUUCUGGGGAUGAAGCCCAUCUCAUUGCAUUGGUGCUGGGUAAUCUGAUCCCGCUCCAUGUCGUCCUCGUCGGCCUUACCUGGGUGCUGCAUGACUAUUUUAUCACUCUCGAGGACGAGAUCAGAUACAUCUGGUCCCAGCGCAUGUCACCGAGCAAAUUCAUGUUUCUCUGGAUUCGCUAUUACACCAUUGCACUGUUGCUCUUCGACGUUGUUCAGAUUCAUGUCUUCGCGAGACCCGGGAUCACAUCUCCCAAUUUAUGCGUCGCCAUGGACACCAUAAUCCGCGUCGUUGGCGCAGUUUCGUUGUGGAGUGUUGAGAUCAUCAUGCAGCUCCGUGUCUAUGCUCUUUAUAGCUGCUCGAAACGUGUAGCUGCAUUCAACUUGGCGCUCUUCAUCGGUUCCAUCGCCGGGUUCAUGUGGAUUUUGAUUUUCAACCAUUCGCGACGCGCGUCGGUCAUCGCCAGCGUCAUCCAUCUCAAUCUCCCUGGGUGCCCGAGUGUGCACUCUGGCAUCGAGUGGGCCCAAUGGGUGCCAGCUACUAUAUUCGAAGGAGUUCUUUUCGGCUUCGCUCUGUACAAAACAUGCGAGUCGACGAUUCUGACACUCAGGCGGGGAGCAGGACUUCCGUUGCAUGAGUUGUUAUUGCGCGAUAAUGUUCUUUACUUCUUCGGCGUGACUGCAAUACUCGUGUUCAACAAUUUGAUGGUCGUCAGCGUGACCCACAUUCCUUGGUUUAGCUAUGGACCAUUCCACGCCGCAGUAGGCAUCAUGACCACGCGCAUGCUCAUCAAUCUGCGCAAAGCGGCCUCAGGCGACGUUGUCAAUCUCAACUCCACGGCCCCGAGCACCACCCUCCAGCAGAGCAGAGAAAAAUCCCAGGCGACAGCUCGAGAUCAGCAGAGCACUAUGUUGUUUGCUCGAGGUGCCGGCGACCCGGAUGAAUACACGGUCUGACCGAAAGAUGUAGAAGGAAUGUGUAAUGCAUGGAGCGGUCUGGGCGAAUGUUUGUAAUAUUUAUAUGAUUUGGAAUUUUAAUGGGAACGGUUGCGAGUUUGUUUGAAG